AUGGGCAUGAGGUUUAAUACAUAUCUCGUGAGCAUUGGCUCUGCAACUAUUGAGAACAAGGAGCCAGACUACGCUGUCCAACCGCUUAAUCUCCCCGCGGGCAGAACACCCAAAUGGCCAACCCUUGUUGUGGAAACGGGAAAGUCGCAAAGCCAUCAUGACCUUGACAGGGUCGCGAGACAGUGGAUUCAGAAAUCCGCUGGGGAAGUGAAGGUGGCCCUUACAAUCAAGGUGUCUCGAACCAUGGUCACCAUUCGAAGAUAUGGCCGCUCAGGAAUCACAAGGGCGGCGGUCCUCCAAACCAUCACCGUCGAGAAACGUGGGCAGAACAGCCCUGUUCGUGUAGCCGGCGGUCCUUUGAUCAUUCCCUUCAUCGACCUUUUUCUUCGAACCGCGGUCAGGAACCAGGCUGACAUCACAUUUAACGACACCGAGUUAGAGGAGUGGGCGAACAUUGUUUGGAAAUCUUUUUGA